UGGAUGGUGCUGCAUUUAGUGUUGGCAUUUCUUGCAUCUUCCAGAUCAGCUGGGGAUUGUUUUUUUUCUCGCAGCCACCGAAACCUAUGAAGGUCUAAUUUUAAUCGAAUCAGCGGAAAGUUCGCUUCCUCCUCCAAUCGAUCUGCAGAAUCCCCUCAAGGCUUCUAAUUGGAUGAGACAGUAUCGUACACUUGUUUGAUUUCGAACCCUCAUACCGAUCUGGGACUCCGAGGAUGGUGGCCACCUGCCGAAUCUACAAGAAGGCCUGUCCUAAUGGGAAGGUUACCCUUUAUCUACCAAAAAGGGAAUACAUUGACCACAUCACUUCUGUGGAUCCUAUUGAGGGCAUCGUAUUGCUGGAUGAUGAAUAUUUGAAGCAACGACAUGUCUACGGUCAUGUGAUCGCCACUUUCCGCUAUGGCAGAGAAGAUGAUGAGGUGAUGGGGCUGAAGUUCGUGAAGGAGCUCUACUUGGCUUCAGAACAGAUAUAUCCACCGCCUCUGCAGGAUGAUGGACAGCCCAUGCCUAGCGCUCAAGCGGUAUCCAAGACACAGCAGAAGCUCAUGGAGAAGCUCGGCUCUAAUGCCUACCCCUUCACUCUGCAGCUUCCAGAGAACGCGCCCCACUCCGUGGUGCUGCAGCCCGGCCCAGAGGAGCAGGGGCAACCUUGCGGUGUGUAUUACGAAGUCAGGAUCACUGUUGGGAACUCUCAGCACGACAAGGGGCACAAAAGGAACUCGGUGUCGAUGUCGAUUCGCAAGGUACAGCGUGCCCAGCUCGUCGGCAGUCGUCAGCCGUGCUCCGUCAUCAAGAAGGACUUUCUGCUCAGCCCGGGACACUUGGAACUUGAAGUGACGUUGGACAAGCAAGUCUUUGAGCUCGGAGAUCCGGUCGCCGUCAACAUCGCCGUCAGAAAUUACUCCAGCAAGACCGUCAAGAGGAUCAAAGUUUAUGCUAUUCAGAACGCUGAUAUCUGCAUGUUUGCCAGCGGUCACUGCAGAACUAUCAUUUCUACACUGGACACUGAAUCCGGCUGCCCUGUGUCCCCUGGAGGAACACUCCACAAAGUGGUGGAGAUCUACCCUACUGCAGGAGACGCCCUUAUCACAAGAGGCGUCGCUUUGGAUGCUCCCAUUGGAGAUGAACUUCAAAGUCUUGCCUCCUCCACAAUACUCCCCGAAGACCAGGAAAAGGAUCCUUUUGGAAUAAUCAUCUCUUAUUCCAUCAAAGUUAAACUCAUCCUCGGAGCACUAGGAGGAGAAGUGGUGGCCGAACUGCCCUUUGUGCUCAUGAAUUCUGGAGACAAUAAAAUAGCGGUUGAAAAUACUACUCUCACUGCCAACCGGGAACUGUCUUCUGAAUCCACCAAGCCCCUCAGCAAAAAGGAAGCAUGAAAAAGAACAAUUUAAAAAAAUGACUCUAAAGACGAUUUCAAAGAGAAUAAAUUAUGUAUCGCAGUAAAAUUCCUGUAGAAUAGAAAAUAAAUAACUUUUAACUCUUCA